GCGGACCGGGAAGCAUGGGGCUGUACGCGGCCGCGGCGGCCGUGCUGGCUGGCGUGGAGAGCCGCCAGGGCUCCAUCAAGGGGCUGGUGUACGCCAGCAGCUUCCAGAACGUGAAGCAGCUGUACGCGCUGGUGUGCGAGACGCAGCGCUACUCCGCCGUGCUGGACGCCGUGAUCGCCAGCGCGGGCCUCCUCCGCGCCGAGAAGCAGCUGCGGCCGCACCUGGCCAAGGUGCUGGUGUACGAGCUGCUGCUGGGGAAGGGGUUCCGCGGCGGGGGCGGCCGCUGGAGGGCGCUGCUGCGCCGGCACCAGGCCAGGCUGCGGGCCGAGCUGGCGCGGCUCAAGGUUCGGCGCGGCGUGAGCAGCAACGAGGAGCUGCUGGAGGCGGGCGCCCAGCCUGGCCCAGCCGCCCAGGUGCCGCGGUUCGUGCGCGUGAACACUCUCAAGACCUGCACCGAAGACGCGGUUGAUUACUUCAAGAGACAAGGUUUCUCCUACCAGGGUCGCGCCUCCAGCCUGGAGGACUUGCGGGCCCUGCAGGGCAAGUCUUUCCUCCUGGAUCCCUUGUUGCCGGAGCUGCUGGUGUUUCCUGCGCACACGGACCUGCACGAGCACCCGCUGUACCGGGCCGGUCACCUCAUCCUACAGGACAAGGCCAGCUGCCUCCCGGCCACACUGCUGGCGCCCCGGCCCGGGGCCCAUGUCAUCGACGCCUGUGCCGCCCCGGGCAAUAAGACCAGUCACUUGGCAGCUCUUCUGAAGAACCGGGGGAAGAUCUUUGCCUUCGACCUCGACGCCAAGCGGCUGGCGUCGAUGGCCACGCUGCUAGCGCGGGCUGGUGUCUCCUGCUGCGAGCUGGCCGAGAAGGACUUCCUGGCAGUGUCGCCCUCCGACGAGCGCUACCGGCAGGUCGAGUACAUCCUGCUGGACCCGUCCUGCAGCGGCUCCGGGAUGGUGACCAGACAGCUGGAGGAGCCUGGGGCAGGUGCACCCAGCCCGGAGCGCCUGCGGGCGCUGGCGGGGUUCCAGCAGCGAGCCCUGUGCCACGCGCUCACCUUCCCCGCCCUGCAGCGCCUCGUCUACUCCACGUGUUCCCUGUGCCAGGAGGAGAAUGAAGACGUGGUGCAGGCGGCCCUGCAGCAGAGCUCGGGCGCCUUCAGGCUCGCUCCUGUGCUCCCUGCCUGGCCCCACCGGGGCCUCAGCACUUUCCCAGGUGCCGAACACUGCCUCCGGGCCUCCCCUGAGACCACCCUCACGGGCGGCUUCUUCGUUGCUGUCUUCGAAAGGGUGCAAGUACCCAGCUCAGCUUCCCAGCCCCCAGCCCAGGCCCCGGAGCCGCCCAGCCCAGGCCCCAAGAGGAAGAAGAGACGGCGGAAAGCAGCAGGCGACCCCUGCGCCGCGCCAGGGCCAUAGCAGCGGCCGUGUGGCCUUCGGAGGGAGCUGUGCUGUCCCCCAGCGACCAGACCCGGUGGCUGUCCCCUCGCUUGGGCUGCCCACGGGAAAGAAAAGGCAGGACAGGGCCUGAGAUAGAUCACAGUUUUUUAUUC